UGAUCGGCCAUUAAGAUUUACAUUGAUCUCUCAUUUGAACUCCCACUAGAAUUCCCAUCACAGAUCAAUCAGACUCUAAUGGAUUCUUUCUUGAUGAUCAUCACCCAGAAUCCAAAACCACAAAACAAAAAAUCACCAUCAUCUUCAUGGUUUUUGAUAAUCACAACCCUAAUGUCAUCAUCUAUUUUCACACUCACAGCAGGCCAAUCAAGUCUUUGUAGAACAUCGUGUGGUGACAUUCCCAUAAACUAUCCUUUUGGCAUUGAUGAGGGGUGUGGGAGUCCUUAUUACAGACACAUGUUAAUCUGCUCCGACGCUGGAAAUCUCGAGCUAAGAACACCUUCUGGUAAAUACCCGGUUCGCAGCAUAACCUAUUCUGAUCCUCACAUUCUUCUCGUUGAUCCUUUCAUGUGGAAUUGCCUAGAUGGAGAUAAUUUUCGACCCACCAGACCUUUUAGCCUUGACACAAGCACCCAUUUCACACUAUCUUCUCAGAAUGAUUAUCUGUUUUUCAAUUGCAGUGACGACAAUGUGAUUGUUGAGCCAAAGCCUAUUUUCUGUGAGAGGUUUCCUGAAAAGUGUGAUUCUUCUUGUGACAGUUCUAGCUAUCUUUGCAGACACUUGCCUAGUUGUGCUUCAGCUUUGAGUACUAGUUCUUGUUGUUCUUAUUAUCCUAAAGCUACUGAGUCUUUGAGGUUGAUGUUAAAGUUCUGUGCAUCUUAUACUAGCAUUUACUGGAGAAAUCUAGGUACUACUGCUCCUUACAAUCAGGUACCGGAGUAUGGGAUUCGGGUUGAUUUCGAUCUCCCUGUCACUACAAGGUGCCUCCAGUGUCAAGAUACAACAAAAGGAGGUGGUGUGUGUGGAUUCAAUGCAGAAACAGAGAGUUUCUUAUGCCUUUGUAAGGAGGGAAAUGUCACCACUUACUGUAACGAUGAUAGGAUUUCUAGGCACAAGAAUGCUGGAGUAAUUGCAGGGACGGUAACAGGAGUUUCAGCAGCUGGAGCCAUAGGCAUCGGAGCUGGUGUAUGGUACUUGAGGAAAAUAAGAGCUAAAGCACCAGUUACAUGUGGGGUUCAAAGCAAUGAGACAGGCUUUUUUAAGUAUAUCAUCAAUGGAAUCAUCUUUCGUUUAAACUUCGUAUAA